CCUUUUAUGUCAAAAAAUCGAUCAUGGAAAGAUUUCUUAGCACUUCGGUCCGUAAUGAGCCGGUACGAAAGUAAAAAAGCGCCUGGCACGCCUGAUAAAUCACAGGAUGAUCUGAGCGUGAUUAAAGUGGACGUUGAGAGAACAUAUUUUGAUUAUGGAGACAUGGACGUGGCCCUGCUCAGGAAAGAGCUGUUUAACCUGCUAAUACGGAUGCCGUUCGAGUACGUACAAGGAAUGAACGAUGUAGCAGCUGUCUUGGUGUACUUUUACGCCGAGAGCGAGAGUGUUGACGACGUGACACUCAACAGCAUUGAUGUGGAUGACAUAGCGAGUGAUGAUUCGGAUAAGGAUCGUGGUGAAAUCUCUCGGUGUAAGAAUGGCCAAAUCGCUGGGAGCAGUACCACAUGCAAGCAUAACAGCGGCGGUAAGAGCGCGGCAGACGAGAGCAUUUUCGAGGAGCUCGAGAAGUACGCCGACGUAACAAAUUUGAUGAGCAAUGCGACACGGAACAGGAUGCUUACGGCUGUAUACCACAUCAUCAAGGACAAGUACCUCUGUCUUGUGCAACACGAGUUUAAAACGUACCUAGCGAAGAACAAGGUGAUGCUUAACCUGCUGAACAGGGAGCAAAAAAAUGUAAGUGUGAACGAAAGCAUAAAAUUUAUGAAUUACACGUUGACAUGGUUCAGCAGAAUAUUGAGGAGGAAGGAUGACAUUUAUUUUAUCUUUAAGAUCAUACUUGAGGAAGAUGUUGGCAUGCUGUUCGUUCUUAUGCUCAAGUUUUAUAACGAGAAGAACAUAGGGAACCGCAAAAUGUUCAUGCUUGAUCUCAAAAACCUGAACUACGAGUUCAAAGAGGAAGAGAACGAAAUCAGGAAAAAAAAAUUUAAAUUUUGGAAGAACAAUUUGGGAUUUUUUGUGAUUGCCGUACUGAUUGGUAUUAAUUUGGAAAUGCUGUUCUUCAGUUGUUGCGUUGGCACCUGUAAGGGUAAUUAAAGGUGAUUAUUGUUCAA